AUGCUUGCUAUUCUCAAAUCUAUCAUUUUAGUUGUGGCUUUGACUCAUGGUGUGGCAGCAACCACAGUUGCAGAGGCCUCUUGCAUCUCAACUGCAGAUACCCUUAACCCUGUGGCAUGUGCAAGAGCGCUCCAAUCUGUGAAAGCUGGCGAAUACAACACCCAAUCAGGCACCUCUGUGGGAUACGGUUGUGGCUUUUGUCAGGUCCUCAUAACCCCUGUUGGCAAUACCCCCAUCCUGAGUACGCCCGAAGAAAUCCAAAGUGCCUACGCCGGAAUCAUCAACAGUUGCCGCAUAUCACCUGGUAGCACCCGACCAGGUAGUAUCACAAUUCCUCAACUUGUUUUGCCCAAUUCCCCUCGCGGACCCGCCCCCGUACUCAGCAUCUCGCACCAGGAAGUCAGUGGCAUUUGCCCUCCAUGA